AGUACCAAACACCAUGGUAAAAAUACACCUAAUUACCAUCAUAGUGUUAAAAUUAAGUGCUAGUGAAGUCAUCAACUUACUACCAGCGCUACCAUCAGACUAUCCGGUCACAUCUGAAAAUGCAACCGAAUUCUUAAAAGAAAGGAACUUCACCACGCAAGAAUUCGCAAAUGUACUCACUGCAGCAGUGAACUCCGUAGCUUGGAUACCAAGGAUCAUCGCAAAAACUUUAGGCUACAUGCCUACUUUAGUCAAUUCCAAUGAUGGAGGCAGAGUGGAACAAUUUGUGAAGAAAUUCAGAGAAUCCAUGUACAAUGAAGAUGCUAAACUGAGUAUAGAAGAGUUACUAAACAAAUAUAAUUACGCAUGCGAAGUCCACAAUGUUGUCACCGAAGAUGAGUAUGUUUUGACCAUACAUAGGAUCCCGAGUGAACGAGCGCCUGUCUUCCUCAUGCAUGGCCUGUUGGGGAGUUCCGAUGACUUCAUAUUAGCUGGUGUGGAAAGCGCUUUAGCUUACAAACUAGCUGACUUAGGCUACGAUGUCUGGAUGGGAAACGCAAGAGGGAACAAACACUCAAGGAAACAUGCAGCUUAUGACCCAACAGACGAGAGAUUCUGGGACUUCUCUUGGCAUGAAAUUGGCGUAUAUGAUCUACCAGCUAUGAUCGAUUACGUGUUGAAUGUAACUGAGAAAUCUUCUGUUAAAUACAUUGGAUACUCUCAAGGAACCACUUCGUUCUUCGUUAUGCUGUCGGAAAGACCUGAGUACAAUGAUAAAGUAUCAGUAAUGGUUGCUUUGUCUCCUGUAGCUUAUAUCGCUCGUGCAAAAUCUCCUGUUAUACGCCUGAUGUCUCCUGGAACGAAUAUGCUGUCACAGUUCUCCUUCCGCACGAGUUUAGGAGUCCACGAAUUUCUCCCUGACCACAGUUUGGUAAGGAUUCUAAAGCUGAUGAUUUGCGGAACAGGAUCUAUUGGAGACGUCCUAUGCAGUAACGCAGCUUUCCUGACUUCAGGCUAUGAUUUUUACCAACUGAAUGUUACAAAUUUGCCUGUUGUAAUGGGUCAUAUACCUUCUGGUGCUUCCAUAAAGCAGUUGGCCCAUUAUGGGCAGGGAAUCGUAUCAAAUGACUUCAGGAAAUAUGACUAUGGUGAAGAGGAAAAUAUACUUAGGUAUGGAGUAGCGAUACCUCCAAGUUAUGCUUUGGAAAAUAUUUUGGUGCCUAUAGCAAUGUUUUAUAGUGAUUCUGAUUGGUUGGCCCAUCCCAGUGAUGUGAAAAGGUUAUAUAAGAGGCUGAAUAGUGUUAUAGAUUUAUAUAGGAUACCUUAUAAGAGGUUUAAUCAUAUAGAUUUCAUUAUUGCUAAGAAUGUAACGUAUUUUGUGUAUAAUCGGGUUUGUAGAAUAUUAGCACUUAACUAAAAAUGUUUUGUAGUUAUAUUUUGUUAAGUACAUAAAGGUUUUUGAUU